GGGGAAGCUCCGUGCAGUGCAGGCGGACAACUAGACACUUCACAUCUGGACUUACGUACUCAGUAGGAAAUGGCUGCUCUAACUACGAGAUUACCGGAGCUGAACAUCACAAAUGCUUACAGUGACCAAAACUCCACAAAUGAAACGCAGUGCAUCGAUUUAAAUGAAUGGGAUUGGCUCACCCGCCACCAGCCAGUCUACUUGUUCAUCAUCACGGCGCUGGGAAUCGUGUUAAACGUCUUCGUGCUGCUGGUCUUCUGCCUCCACAAGAAGGCGUGCACGGUAGCCGAAAUCUACCUCAGCAACCUGGCGGCCGCCGACCUUGUCCUGGUGUCUUGUCUGCCCUUCUGGGCCGUCAACAUCAGCCAAGGUUUCAACUGGCCUUUUGGAGAGGCCCUUUGCAAAGUGGUCAAUGCAGGCAUCAAGAUGAACGCUUACUGCAGCAUCUACUUCCUUGUCCUGGUUAGCAUGGAUCGCUAUGUGGCGCUGGUGCAUCCCAUGUCCCACGGACGAAUGCGCCGUCCCAAGUAUGCCAAACUGGGAUGUUUGCUGGUGUGGGGCUUGGGCUUGUUACUGAGCGCUUCAACGCUGAUUUUCAGGGCGGUGAAGUAUUUUCCAGAGUUUGAAGUUCGAGCUUGCAUCUCGGAUUAUCCGAGCCAAAUGGUAGAGCUGGUCUGCGACGGGAUGCUGAUCACCUUUAGCUUCAUCAUCCCAAUUUCCAUCAUCACAUUCUGCACCAUCACAAUCAUCCGGGCGCUAAAGAAACAGUCAUUUGCGAGGUCCAAUGCCCAGAAAAGUGAGCAGAAGGCCACCACGCUGGUGCUGGUCGUCCUCGUAACCUUCCUCAUCUGCUGGGUGCCUUUACACUUAUUCACCGCACUAGAUGUGCUCCAUAAAGCAAAAAUUUUGGUAGGAUGUGCCCUCGAAAGAGUUUUAGCAAUUUGCGACCAGAUCUUUGCCUACCUGGCUUUUUUAAACAGCGUCGUCAAUCCUAUCUUGUAUGUCAUUGUUGGGAAAAAUUUCCGGAAAAAGGUUCAAGAAGUCUGCAAACAGUGUGCCGUCAGCACGGUGACGACCGCGUCUACUCGUUCGAACACUUCCGCAACACUGAAGACUUUCACAUAAGGGUGGUUUCAGGUACAUGUAGGUCUCCUUAAAUCCCUCAGGGGGAUAUUCCAGAAUGACAUUCCAAAACAGAUACUCAUCUCAGUCAUGAAGCAUUUUGGCAUUCAAAGAACCACAGAGGAGGAACGCAAUCUUACCAAUCUAGUACAAAGUGCUAAACAAUAUUAUCUAUUAAAAGAUGUCCCAUUUUAGCAAGCUGACAGGCACAGCAACAUUCACUUGUUGCUAGGCAGAAUUUUUGAGUCUGAUUUUUGUUGUUGUUUGUUUAUUUAAGAAUUGCAAAGAAAGCUCACCGUGAUGUUUCUUUGACAGCAGAGAAAGGACAACAUAUAAAAAAUACCAAAAUAAACAUGACACAUUUUGCAUGUGAUCUUAAAUCUACAUUAAACACAUAUCAGAUUAUACAGUCAUGACUAGUGACUUAAAUAUUUCUCUUUUAGCAUGUUUUCUUUUUACAUGUUUCUAUUAUUUAAUCUGAAUUUAUUUAUUUAUUUUCAUUUGGCCAAAAUACAUUUGUAAUUCAGUUAAAACAAUGGGUCACAUGGUGGUUGUGUUUCUUCCCACAUCCCAAAAACAUGCAUUUUAGGUUCAUUGGAGACUAUAAAUCAGGGGUCGACUCAGUUUAACCGGGGGCCACUGGAGGUAGAGUCCGGGGGGAGGCUGGGCAACACACAAAGUAUUCACUUCACAAUCACAUUUUAACCACGUGACUAAAUUUGUUACUUUUUUCUACUAGCAGCUAUCGUGACCCUGAGUUAUGGCAGGCCUUAGGUUAUUAUAAAUGUAAUGUAAACAUAUUUCAUUUUGACGCUUUUGAGUUCCCUCGUGAUGGUCGGACACUUCCGCUUACCUAAAGGGGAACUGCUUUUUUUUUUGGAAUUUUGCCUAUCAUUCACAAUCCUUAUGUGACACAUGUUUUACUUUUUUUUUUAUUUUUACUCGUGAUAAACUCUUACAAAAUCAGCCAACAAUGAAGCUAAUGGGAGUGAUGAAGUCAUUGUGUCUAUUGCGCCCAUAAAAACCACUAUAAAACAGCAAGAAAGCGCCAACAAUACUCCAUUACAUGUCAUGACCUUAGAUUAAAAAAGUAUUAGUGAUAUUGUUAUUAUAAGUGCUAACGUUAUGGACCUUCUUUUAGCAGCACAUUGAACACAGUAACUAGCUUAUGCUGCUAUAUUUACAUAUUGAGCUGGUGAGCUGCUCUCUUCCUGCUGAGCUGGUGAAAGUUUUGUCUCGAUUAUAAAUCAUGCCUCUCACGUGGCGAGUAGAAGAAUGUGGUCAUAAACCGAAAUUUGUCUUACAUAAGGACUGCGAGUGAUUGACAAAAUUCCAAGAAGUGCAGUUCCCCUUUAAAGAAAGUUUCUCUUUGUGCUGCCCAAUGUGUUUGUUGUGCUGUCAUAUUUGUGUCUGCAGUUAUUGUAUUUAGUAUUUUUUCUGGUGGGAUUCAAGAUUGCCAUAAUAUUUUUACCAAGAAACCGCAGGCCGCAAUUAUAUUCACUAAACUAUGAAUAAAUGAUAAAUAAUAUGACACAAAUGGCCCAACGGGCCGUAUGUUUGACAACCCUGCUCAAACUUGUGCAUGACUGCUGUGAGUCUGAGGCCCCAUCCACACGGAAAGAACAUUCUGGGUGCCCUGCAACAAAGACUUUUGGAGAACUGUUCCAGAGUGGGAAAAACUGACAACGCUGCCUUGCCGUUGUCAUGGACAAGUAAAGCACUACUGUUUAAGAACGACGACGUCGCCGCCGCCCCGUCACCAGAAGAACAAGACAGAACCCCGCAUGGAAUAUGACAGCGUUACCGCAUGGAUCAGUGCCUGAGUGUGAAAGGUUGUUUUGCUAAAUGUGCCCAGCGAUUGGCUGACGACCAGUCAGUUUUGGGGGAAAUUAAAAAGAUAAUUCAAACAGCUCACAAAUAAAAAACACUUGAUUGGCCCUAGUGUGGGCAGCACGGUGGGACAGGGGUUAGUGCAUGUGCCUCACAAUACAAAGGUCCUGAGUAGUCAUGAGUUCAAUCCCGGGCUCGGGAUCUUUCUGUGUGGAGUUUGCAUGUUCUCCCCUUGACUGCAUGGGUUUCCUCUGGGUACUCCGGCUUCCUCCCAACUCCAAAAACAUGCACCUGGGGAUAGGUUGAUUGGCAACACUAAAUUGGCCCUAGUGUGUGAAUGUUUUCUGUCUAUCUGUGUUGGCCCUGCGAUGAGGUGGCGACUUGUCCGCCCGAAUGCAGCUGAAAUAGGCUCCAGCACCCCCCGCGACCUCGAAGGGAAUAAGCGGUAGAAAAUGGAUGGAUGGAUGGCCCUAGUGUGUGAAUGUGAGUGUGAAUGUUGUCUGUCUAUCUGUGUUGGCCCUGUGAUGAGGUGGCGAUUUGUCCAGGGUGUACCCCGCCUUCCGCCCGAAUGCAGCUGAGAUAGGCUCCAGCACCCCCUGCGACCCCAAAAGGGACAAGAGGUAGAAAAUGGAUGGAUGGAUGGAUGGAUGGAUCAUGAUUGGAGAAAUUGUCAAAACUGUUAAUAAUCAAAUGUCCGCACACUGUAAAAAAAAAAAUCUGUACAUUUUGUGGUUAAAAACAAGAACUGGCAUCUCAGGCGCCAGAACUUUACCCUAAAAUUUACAGUAGUUUUCACACCAAAAUACUGUUAUUUUUACAGUAAAAUCUUGGCGACUGACCUGCCAGUUUUUUUACCGUAAAAUCUACAGUAAUUUUACAGUGUAUAUCUGCAAAUGGAAAAACGGUACAACUUAUUUUUACAGUAAAAUUUUGCCGACUGAGCUGCCAUGUAUUUUACCGUAAAAAUCGGACAUUUUUUUAAAUUUUCCCCCUACAGGCUUUAUUUUUGUACUUAAUUCAUGGUGUCCGUGAUGUAAACAAAUGCAGCUUUGCCCAAGUUAGCACAUUUAUAAGUUGUUAGGGCAGGGGUCGGCAACCCAAAAUGUUGAAAGAGCCAUAUUGGACCAAAAAUACAAAAACAAAUCUGUCUGGAGCCGCAAAAAAUUAAAAGCCAUAUUACAUGUGUCAUGAGAUAUAAAUGUAAUUAAGAGGACUUAAAGGAAACUAAAUGACCUCAAAUAUAGCUACAAAUGAGGCAUAUGCAAUAUGUACAUAUAGCUAGCCUAAAUAGCAUGUUAGCAUCGAUUAGCUUGCAGUCACGCAGUGACCAAAUAUGUCUGAUUAGCACUCCACACAAGUCAAUAACAUCAACAAAACUCACCUUUGUGCACUCAUGCCCAACAUUAAAAGUGUGGUGGACAAAAUGAGAUAGAAAAAGUGGCAUAAAACACGUCCUAGAAAGUCGGAGAAAGUUAUACAUGGAAACAAACUAUACGGCGAGUUCAAGGACCACCAAAAUUAGUAGGACAAAACGGCGCUCGCCAAAUACUCGAAUCAGUGAAGCAUGUUUAAUAUAAACAGUGUGAUUUAUAACAGUUAGCGAGGUUUAUGUCAUGUUUGUCCUCCCACAGAAAACAUUCUGAAACAAAAAAAUUGAUUUUUUUCCCCCUCAUCUUUUUCCAUUCUUCAUACAUUUUUGAAAAAUCUCCAGAGAGCCACUAGGGCGGCGCUAAAGAGCCGCAUGCGGCUCUAGAGCCGCGGGUUGCCGACCCCCGUGUUAGGGUGAUGUAAAAUCUGCUUGUUUGCUGUAAAAUACAUGUUGUACCAUUUCAAAUGCCAUGAGUGGAGAGAUUAGAGCCUCAUUAAGUCAUUUUUAACACAUUUAAAUCUCAGGUUGAGCAGCAGAGAAUUACAGACUGCUAGCUAACUCUAUUUUUUGGUCUUUCCGACUCAAUAUACUGACAAAGUUUCCAGUCAUGACACACCAUCACGCCUCUUUUUUUUUGGCUUCCCUGCGCUACACAACAAUUAAACAGCCCACUCAAUGUUGACUCAGAGGUUGGGCUGAGGGUGCAUACACAAACACUCCUGGAUCUUCCCAAAAUAAAGGCAAGGCAAACCAAAAAGGAGGCCAGAAUUUAACCACCACAUUGUGAGGGUUGAAAAUAGUUGUGGAAUACCACUGGAGUAGAUAUUUAACUUUAACUACAAAAUAUAUGGCAAAUAUAUGCAUUGUUUUUUCGUUGCAGGUAUUUUGGUCAUAGUUGUCAUGCAUUCUUCCUGUAUAGCAAUCUAUAAAAUCACAACUGUGUCAUGUUUGUAUGAGAAAAAUAUUACAUUGGAAUAUAAAUAUAUACAUGUGUGUGCAAUGUAACAAUCCCCUCAAAUGUCUCACCUGUCGUAUUUAUCCUUUCUAACCAUGAUGUAAAUUAAAUAAAUGCACAACAG